AUGAAUCUGGUGUAUCAAACAAUCGCUUUAAUUUUUAUCGGAUGUUGUUCAAAUGUCAUAUUUUUAGAACUAAUUAUUAGACCCUAUCCAGGAAGUGGUAAUAUAAUAACAUUUGCACAAUUUUUAUUUAUUGCUAUCGAAGGUUUUAUUAAUUAUUCGAAAUUUGGAAGAGUUCAACCACAGAUACCACUUAAGCAUUACUUUGUAAUGGUCACCAUGUUUUUUCUUGUUAGUGUUAUCAAUAAUUAUGCUUUAAAUUUUGAUAUAGCUAUGCCAUUACAUAUGAUAUUUCGAUCGGGUUCACUCAUUGCCAACCUUAUACUUGGAAUGUUUCUUCUUGGAAAAAGAUAUUCAGCACGUCAAAUAAGUGCUGUCCUAUUGAUAACAUUUGGCAUUAUUUUAUGCACGGUAGCAUCAAGUCAAUCAUUACCUAAAAACAAAACAAAAGUAGAGGAAAAUGAACAUGAACAACCAGUACUAUUAGAAUAUUUUAAAUGGUUUAUUGGAAUUGGAAUGCUUGUGUUCGCUCUGAUCGUGUCGGCAUUAAUGGGUAUUUAUCAAGAAAAAUUAUAUAGAGAUUUCGGAAAAUAUCCCGAUGAAGCAUUAUAUUAUUCUGUUAGUAAAAUACAUCUUUUACCACUGCCGGCAUUCAUGCUUUUUACUUCAAAUAUUUGGCAACAUGUGCAAUUAUUCAAUAAGUCAACUUGGUUCCCGUUACCGUAUUUUACACAUAUUGGUUUACCUAUUAUGUGGCUUUACUUAAUGUGUAAUAUGUGUACACAAUAUUUGUGUAUACGAUCUGUAUUUAUCUUAACAACUGAAUGUUCAUCGUUAGUUGUUACACUCGUUAUUACAUUACGAAAAUUUAUUAGUCUUGUUUUUUCAAUUAUUUAUUUUCAAAAUGAGUUUACAAUCUAUCAUUGGUUGGGUACAAUAGCUGUUUUUUUAGGCACAUUUUUGUUUAGUAAUGUACACGAAGAAAUUCUUAAUCGAUUACAUUUGACGACAAAAAAGAAAGACAAUCAUUCUCAUAUCGAAUAG